AUGGAACACUUGAGACCUUUUGUGAUCACUAACCUUUCUGCAAUAGAACUAGUAGACAUCAGGCUCUUCGGCAGGAUGAAAGUCUACGCCGUUGUCUCCAUCUCCGGUGGACCUCCAACGGGCUAUAACACGGAGUUCACAACCCAUGUCGAUAUGGAAGGAAACAACAAUCCCAAAUGGAACACGGUCAUGGAUUUCAGACUCCAUGACCCAUCUCUCCGAAACAACCUCCUCUAUCUCAAUUUCAACUUCCGUUGCCGUCGAACCUUGGGUGACAAAUUCAUCGGCCAAGUCAGUGUCCCCAUCAAUCCCCUCCUCGCCAUGAUAUCUGGUAAUAGGACCGCUUCUCAGGCUGUCCGGUAUCCAGUUACGACGUUGUCUGGGGAGAUGCAUGGCUUUGUAGACUUCUGUUUCGGAUUUGGGAACCCAAUUCGUCCAUUGGGACCGCAACAAGCGGCUCCGCAGUGGCAGCCACCAGCAGUAGAUGUAGCGUCGAAGGCCCAAGUUGAAGUCAACUACUGGCAGAGUUAUUAUACAAGUGAGCCACAGACACUGCAAAACCAAGUCAAUUAUGGUAGUAAUGCUCAGGCCAGUGAUGAUCAAGCCAAUCAGUUUGAUGAUGAUGAUCAGGCCAAUGAUGAUCAAGCCAAUCAGUUUGAUGAUGAUGAUGGUGAUCUGUGA